AUGGCAGACCGAAAGGCGACGAACAAGUACUACCCUCCUGACUACGACCCCAAAUAUGGCGGGCUCAACAAAUUCGUGGGGUCGCACCCUCUGCGCGAACGUGCCAAGAAACUGGACCAAGGCAUCCUCGUGAUACGGUUCGAGAUGCCCUACAACGUGUGGUGCGGUGGGUGCGGCAUUCACAUCGCGCGCGGCAAGCGGUACAAUGCGGAGAAGAAGCAGGUGGGCAAGUACUUCUCCACUCCCAUCUACCAGUUCCGCAUGCGAUGCCACCUGUGUCCCAACUACAUGGAGAUCAAGACCGACCCCGAGCAUUCGGACUACGAGAUCGUGAGUGGGGCGAAGCGAAAAGAAGAGACGUGGGACGAAAAGGACAGCGAGACGAUGAAGCUGAAGGACGAGGAGGAAGCCAAGAAGCUCGCCGAGGAUCCCUUCUACCGCUUGGAGCACCAGACCGAGGACGUGCGCAAGGCCAAGGAGAGCGCGCCCAGCCUGCUCCGAUUACAGGAGAUCAAAGACGACGUGCAGGACGACUACGCCCUCAACUCGGCCCUGCGUGGCUCAUUCCGGAAGCGAAAGAAAGAGCUGGCGGAGGAGAAGAAGGAGCGAGAAGCCAAGAACCUGUCCAUCACGCUCUUGCCCACCACGGAAACGGAUCGGCUGAUGGCGCAGAGCGCGUUCUCGCCUGACCGCGUGGUCAAGCGAAGAAGAACCACCAUCACGCCCAUCUUCGCAACGGCCACAGCCAACAAGGCCACCUCCGCGGAGGCCAAGAAGAACGAACAACUUCGCGCACUGGCCAGCAGCCUUUACGGCAGGAGAGCGUCUACCAGCCCUACCCCAACCCGCGCUGGCGCGAGCAUUGUAGUCACCAAGGGGCCACUGUGA